UGCAAUUUCAUAUCUAGGGUUGUCAAAUUUAAUUGUAUAUACACGGACGUGAGUUAAAAUUGCCUAGCGCAGUGAUCAGAGUUAUGAAUUUUAUUGGAUAUAUGAUCGAAAUUAGUCGAUGUUUCGAUUUAAUGGCUAAAUUUUAACGGUCAGAAAUAGCAAAAGCUUGACAGAGGCACUUAAUUCAAUGUCAGAAGUUCAGGCGUUAUUUCUAGGGGGAAGUUGACGGAGGUAUGCCCUCGGAGGUUGGUAUAAAAGCCGGACCAAUCCCGGAGAUCACAGUGUAAAAUCUGCGGCCCGGCUUGAACCUCAGACAUGAAGACACGGAUAUCCUCACUGAUUGUGCUGGCUCUGGUGGGAUACGCGAGCGCCAGCUACGGAUCAAGCGGCUUGUCCGGAGGUGGCCUCUUGGGGGCUGGCGGUUGGGGCGGCGGCCUCGGGGGGUCCUGGGGAGCUGGCUCCUGGGGAGGCUCCGGACUCGGACAUGGAGGCUGGGGUAGCGGCGUCAGUGGAGUGAUCGGCACAGGUGUCACUGGCACUGGGCUGGGUUCCAUCGGCCUCGGCAACUUCGGCGGCUCAGGAUAUGGUAUUGGUGGCGGGAUUGGAUCCAAUUACGGACUAGGCGGGGGAGUAGGAGGGUUCGGCGGCGGUUUCGGUACCAGCCUAGGAGGCCUUGGAGGAUAUGGCUCCGGAGGGCUAAGCGGGGGAGUAGGAGGGUACGGGGGCGGUUUCGGUACCGGUCUUGGAGGCCUUGGAGGAUAUGGCUCCGGUGGGCUUGGCUUUGGUUCCUCUCUGGGAGCCGGUCUGCUCGGCGGUUUCGGUGGAAAGGGCUACGGCAAGACUGGUGGUUAUGGAAAGAAGGUCCACAUGCCCAAACCAAAAUUCCUUCCAAUCCCCGUUCCGGUGGUGCCAAUCCCCAGACCAAUCCCCGUGAAACCCGUAGUCCCUGUUAGGAUCGUCAAGAUUGCCCCACCGCCAAAAAUCAUUCCCGUGAUUCCCGUACCCAGACCAGUGCCUGUUAUUCCCGUACCAGUCCCCAUGCCAGUCAUUGGAAAGAAAGGAGGCUACGGCAAGAAAAGCUACGGAAAAAGUAGCUAUGGAAAGGGCAUCGGUGGGUAUGGUGGAGUUGGACUUCCGGGAGGGUUCGGUGGCAGCAUGGGAUUCGGCGGUGUCAGCCAUGGUAUCGGCGGAUUUGGUGGUUAUGGUGGAGCAAGCUACGGCGCUGGACUGUCGGGUCUUGGUGGCUUGGGUUCUGGAUUCGGUGGCAGCUGGGGUGUCGGAGGAGGUCAUGGAUCCGGAUACGGAAUCGGCGGUGGUAUUGGAUCCGGAUACGGAAUUGGCGGUGGCACUGGAUCCGGAAUCGGAGGGGGUAUUGGAUCCGGAUACGGAAUUGGCGGUGGCAUUGGAUCCGGAUACGGAGGAGGUAUUGGAUCUGGAUUCGGAGUUGGAGGUGGCCUUGGUGGCUUAGGAUUCGGCGGAAGCACGAUCGGAGGUUACGGUGACAUGGGUGGUUUAGGUGGCCUUGGAGGCCUUGGUGGCAGCUGGGGCUCGGGAUCCUGGGGAACGGGAGUUGACAACUUUGGUACAGGUCUGGGAACUGGAAAUUGGGGCGGAAGCAACAAUCAGUGGGGUGGCAGCGGUGCGGGCUCGUGGGGAACCGGGAACCAGUGGGGCGGCAACAACUGGGGGACCGGAACCGGAAACAACUGGGGUGGCAACAAUUGGGGAAGUGGUAGUAACUUGGGUGGCAACAACUGGGGUAGCGGAAGCCAGUGGGGAAGUGGCAACAACUGGGGAACCGGAACCGGAAACAACUGGGGUGGCAACAACUGGGGAAGUGGAAGUAACCUGGGUGGCAACAACUGGGGAAGCGGAAGUAACUUAGGCGGCAACAACUGGGGAAGCGGAAACAACUGGGGAAGUGGAAACCAGUGGGGUACGAAUGGCGACAUAAAGUUUUCCGGGAAGGAUUCUAUAAGUCACUAAUAUAAGUGAUCGUGAGGUGAAAGCUGAGAGGCGCUAGUGGUCUGCUGUGCUGUACAUAGUCACCACCAUCAUUACCAUUCAUCAACCACAGUUCCCCAUUUGUCUAUUAGACCAUGCUGUCUUUUAUUCUCCUGUCGACGUUUAGGAUUUUGAAAUGUUAAAUAACUACGAGGUAUCCUGGUGUACCAUGUUCUGUUUUAUGUAUGAAUUUUUGCUUAGUAUGUUAAUAAAUU